AUGAGCCUUCAAUAUUCAUCCAUGGCGCGUGGACUGCUGAACAUCAUGUCUCAAGAUCAAGAAAGCGCCAAAAAACGUGUUUACUUUAGACUCAAAGACGACUUAGUCUUAGUGCGUUCUUCCCUGGCAAGAAAUCCAUGGGAGAAUCCUCCCAAUUGGGAGGCUGUUCGCCUCGACGUGUGUAAAAGUCUUCACGUUGAUAGUUUACGAACUAUUCGUGAGAGGAUGGAACUCCUCAUCAAAUCGUUCAAGAGGGAGGACAGAUUGCGGAAAUCCAAAUCUGGUACUGAAGAGGAAUAUGACGAGAUGUCACAAAUGUUGACUGAAGUGAUUUCCCUAAAAGAAGAUGUGGAAAUGGAAAGAAUAAAAACAAAAAAGAAGAAGGAAGAAGAUCAAGAAAAAGAUCAAAAGAAAGUGACUGAAAUUCUAGAGAAGUCGAUGAACACCCUUGGUAAACAAACGAAAUCGCCUCAAUCAAGCCCUUCUAAGAAACGACUCUGCAAAAGAGGUAACUUCUUAGAGGAAUACCUCACCAGAAAAAUUGAACUUGAGGAGAGGAAAUUUGCACUGGAAGAGAGAAAAUGGAACGCAAUGAAUCCCAAGAAAGACUGA